AAUAUAAAAAUGAAAUUUUAAAUUCAACAGAAAAAAAAAUUAUAGCAAUUUCAAAAGACAAUCCGCUAUUAAUAUCAGCUGAUUUGUUAGAAAAGAGUUUUCAUAAGAAAAAUUUGGAACGCAAAAAAUCCGAAAUAAAAAAACAACUUUUUGAGAUAUCUUCUAAUACUACUGCUCGACCAAAUUUAAAAAGAAAUUCAUCCGAAGAAGAUGAAAAAGUCAUAAAAAAGCCAAAAGUUAGUUCUAAUCCUUUGACCUUAAAUACGCCGAAUGACGUAAAUUUACUUGCUCUGUCCACUAUUGAAGUAAUAAAAGUACCAGAGAAAGAAAAAGAAGUAAUGCAAGAUCAGAACACAAAAUCUCUUGAUCAGUAUAAUGCACCUUCAUUUAAAUCGCCCACAUCAUGGUAUACUUCAGACACAAUUAAUGAGUACAUUAAAAUGAUAGUAAAACGGUCAGAAGGUGAAGUUUAUGCAGUUGUCACUGAUUUUAUUGUAGCGUAUCUUCGAGGAGGUUAUCCAGCUGUAAGAAGAUGGAUAAAAAAAGAUAUUCACACAAUAAAAUUACUUUUUGUGCCCAUGAAUGUAUAUGAGAGUCAUUGGAUAUUGACAGUGGUUAAUAUACCUGAAAAGACUGUGACAUCAUAUGAUAGUCUUAAGUCGUAUAAGGGUCCUUAUCCAAUGGUAUUAAAAAAUUUCUUAAUUGAAUGGGAGAUGGACAAAAAAGGAAAAGCUUCUACAUGGACAUUACAAAUAGGCGAGACAUCUCGCCAAACCAAUGGACAUGAUUGUGGGCCAUUUACUGUUGAGCUGGCAGAAAAAAUGUCUCGAGGAGAUACAACACCAAUAAAUGCAAAUUUUAUGCCUUUUAUAAGAUUAAGACACAAAAAUGAAAUUAUUGCUGGCGAGCUAUUCAAUUAAUAUUUUUAUGAAUGAAAUUUUAUUUUUGUAUUUUAUAUCAAUUUUCUUAAUAUUCACUAUAAAUUGAAAUUUUUAUUUGUAUACCACCAAACAUUUUUUUACUUUUUCUAUGUUUAAUUGUUGUUUUGUUAUUUUAUUUUAAUCUUAUUUUUCUUUGUAACAUUUCAUUUAAGAAAUUCAAAUUUAAUAUAAAUUUAUCUUAACUGAAAUAAUUUAAUGUUCUUGUUAUGUGAAUAUACAAAUAUUAUAAUAUACAGUUAUGGAUACA